GUAAAUAGGGAGUAAUUCCUAGACGGGAUUCUUCAAUCUGUCGCUUCAUUUUCCAGAGAAGAAUUAAAGAAAGAAGUAGAUACACACAAAAGAUAUCAGUACGAGAAAAGCUACGAGAGAAGGACGACGUCGUUACGGAAAACCGCUCUACAACCGCCCGCUCUUCUUUAGCUCCCGUUGACUUCUUUUCUCCAUCAGUGUUUUAGGAGGUUGGUGUUUUUGAAUAAACAAUUUAGGAGAAUUGUGCUGUAAGAAUGGAAUCAGAAUCUUCCGAACUAUCAAAUACAUCACAUGGUCAAACAUCAGAUGUACCGGUGGCAUCUGCAAUGGAUUCUGCUCAACAGAAUUCAGGACAAGAUGCACCUUCUAAAGCAUCAGUAUCUGGAAUCUCCAAUUGGGCAAAGAAUUUGAAAAUCCCCCAGUCAUUGGUAGGAUCCCAGAAUGAAUCACCUACUGAAAGUUCAGGAAAAUCAUCCUUUUCACGUUUCACCAGUGGAUUUGGAUUGCGCCUGUCUCCAAAGGCUUCUCAGCAAGGAGAAAACUCUGAUGGAACUCAACCAGCGGCACAGUCUGGUUUUAUCGGAACAAUUACGAAAGGAAUUGUGGAUUCUUCUAAAAGUGCUGUAAAAGCUGUUCAGGUUAAGGCUCGGCAUGUUGUAUCUCAAAAUAAACGAAGAUAUCAGGAAGGUGGAUUUGACUUGGAUAUGACGUACAUCACUGAGAAUAUAAUUGCUAUGGGUUUCCCUGCUGGUGACAUGAGCUCUGGGUUUUUUGGCUAUGUUGAGGGAUUUUAUCGAAACCACAUGGAAGAAGUUAUUAAAUUUUUUGAAACCCAUCACAAGGACAAAUACAAGGUCUACAACCUUUGUUCUGAGAGAUUAUAUGAUGUGUCAUUGUUCGAGGGAAAGGUGGCCAGUUUCCCCUUUGACGACCAUAAUUGCCCGCCUGUUCAACUUAUCAUCUCAUUUUGUCAUAGUGCAUAUUCAUGGUUGAAGGAGGAUAUUGAGAAUGUUGUGGUUGUGCACUGCAAGGCCGGAAUGGCUAGGACUGGGUUGAUGAUAUCUAGCCUUCUUCUCUACUUGAAGUUCUUUCCCACGGCUGAGGAGUCUAUUGAUUACUACAAUCAAAAAAGGUGUUUUGAUGGAAAGGCUCUUGUUCUUCCUAGUCAGAUUAGGUAUGUCAAAUACUUUGAACGUAUCUUAACCUACUUCAAUGGAGAAAACCAGCCUGGGCGCAGGUGCAUGCUUAGAGGAUUCCGGCUUCACAGAUGUCCUUAUUGGGUCAGGCCAGCUAUCACUGUAUCUGAUCACAGUGGAGUGCUGUUCUCGACAAGGAAACAUCCAAGAACGAAAGAUCUUGCGCCUGAAGAAUAUUGGUUUAGUGCACCAAAGAAAGGCAUAAUGGUGUUUGCCCUUCCUGGGGAGCCUGGUCUGACGGAAUUGGCUGGGGACUUCAAAAUUCAUUUCCAUGACCGACAAGGAGACUUUUAUUGUUGGCUGAAUACAACAAUGAUAGAGAACAGAAAAAUACUGAAUACAAGUGAUCUUGAUGGUUUUGACAAGAGAAAAUUGCCAUCCCCUGGAUUUCAAGUUGAAGUUGUGCUUGUGGACUAUGAUGCUGCCGUUCCUCCAACACGCCAUUCAGAAACUGCUAAUGACAAAACUGUUGAAAGUUCUGGUGCAGAUACGGCUUCAGAACCCAGUCCUGUUGCAGUUCAUGAGGCUGCAGUUGUCGAAAGUUCAGAUAAAAAUUCUGGAAGUAAUGAAAAGGAUGAUGUGUUUUCUGACAGUGAGGCUGAGGAAACAGGCUCUUCAAGGAGGAGGGAAGUGAGUGGUGCCCCUGAAUCCAGAAAAAGUGUCGAUAAAAAUAUUGAUGGCUCUGACCAUAAAACAAGUUUAGAUCAAAGUAAACAUUUGACACGCGAAACUGAGCGUUUCUCUUUAGGAAGCACAGGUUCUGUACAGAAUGAGCCAAGAAAGGAUGCCGUUAAAGGAUCUAUACCCAAUCCUGAAGUUACCAGCUCAACAGCAAAUGUAAGUCAAUUCAAAGCAAUGGCUGCUGAUGCCUCUGUUUUCACAUUUGGAGAUGAAGAGGAUUAUGAAAGUGAAUAAUUAAGAUAUGUGUCUAUCACAGAAGAAGAUAUCCUGUACAUAAUUAUCCUAGUGAAUGGUGGGGUGCCCAAGUCCAUGGCAACAGGAAGGUCUCUGUUCAAUUCUAUUUAUUUCAUUUAAGAUGUGGUUAUGGUUCUGAAACGAUUUAUCGCAUUCUUUGGGUCUGGCUUGAUGCAAUGAUUGCUCUUAGUUACUGUAAGUUCUUGAAUUAUGUCCGUAUUCCUUGGGAUGUGAUCAAACAAGUUCCUUCUGACAUGAGGUUCUCUAUCUUGCACUCUCUUGUUUUUAUGCACUUUUACCUGAUGGCGGUUGCACUA